AUGGAAUCUUCGAGUGUCGGAGUGUGGUGGUGGGACAGAGCAGCGCUGUCAGCCAUGGCGCGUAAUUCACCAGCUUUGUCUCAUUUCGCCAUCUUACUUAAGUCAUUCAAUCUGUCUCGCCGGCUAAACUUUCUCGGUGAAGAACCGGUUCGGUUUCAAGUAGAGAUGGGCGGUUCCAGAAGCGACGACAUCAGUGGCGCCACGUACUCUCCCAGGAGUUCUGGCCGUCCGAUUCCGAAGCGGGGACAGGUCAAAUUGGGGAUUAUGGUGGGUCUUGCCCACUCCGUUGCUUCCAUUUUCUCGCCUACAACCCGGCCAGCGGCGGCUCACAGACUGAGCCGCCCGGCCCGGCCCGCUUUUUGUUACUCUAAUGGAAGGGAAAGACCGGAUUUUGGUUUGUUUUGUAAAAAUCAAGAGUUCUUUUUUUUUUUUUUUUAA